AUGACCGACCUUUUGGACUACACCCUCUCACACCUCUCCUCCGUAAAAAUCGACACUGAAGAUCUCGCGUCGUUUUCGAGGCAAAUUAGUCUUUUCCUCGUGGGUAUUAUUAUUUUGAGUAGUAUUCGGUUGGUGUUAAGGGGUGCUACGAGGGCGUUGCGCGUUACGAGCAGAAACCUAGCAGCAUCUCUCAUGCUCCUCGUCCUCGCCCAAAUCAUGGGAAUGUACCUCCUAUCCACCCUCGUACAAAUGCGUUCCUCCUUCCCACCCCCACCCCCACCGCCCUCGCACCCCUCCUCAUCCACUGACGCCGCCCCCGAAAACCUAUUCAGCACGAUCCCGCAGUACGAGCUGUUCGGUGCGCUCUUCGACUGGUCGUUCCUCGUUGCUGCGGGCGCGUCUGUGUUUGUGCGAUGGGGUGCUGAGCGCGUGAAUGGGCAUGGUGAGGCUGAUUGA